GGCGGCGGCUCCGCCCCGGCAGCGGGGCGUCCGGCUGCAGUCAGCCGCUCCGGUGGGGACGGUGGCAGCCGGCAGUAGCGGUGGGGUCUGCCUUUGCCGCCAGCGGGGACCCAGUGCUGCCCCGCAGCGCCCGCCCGUUCCAUCGCACACUGUUGUCAUGGAGGAACCAAGAUGGCGGCGCUGGCCUGCACCGGGGGCAAGCGGGAGAUCAACUACUAUUUCAGCGUGAGGAGCGCCAAGGUGCUGGCGCUGGGCGCCGUCCUGCUCCUCACCGCCUGCCACGCUGCCUCGCGCCGCUACCGAGGUGGCGAUACGUGUGAGUAUCUUCUGUCCAGUGGGAGAUUUCUUGGAGAAAAAGUAUGGCAACCCCACAGUUGUAUGAUGCAUAAGUAUAAAAAUAGUGAAGCAAAAAAUUGCCUUGUAGACAAACACGUUGUGUUUAUAGGAGAUUCUAGAAUUCGACAACUGUUCUAUUCAUUUAUAAAACUCAUAAAUCCUCAAGUCAAAGAAGAAGGAAAUAAGCAUGGAAAUAUCCCGUUUGAAGAUAAGGCUGCUUCAAUUAAAGUGGAUUUCCUGUGGUAUCCAGAAGUUAAUGGCUCUAUGAGACAACGUAUCAAAUCUUGGACUGAGAGUUCUGUGGCAAAACCUCAUAUAAUUGUAGCAGGAGCUGCCACGUGGUCUAUCAAGAUUCAUAAUGGCAGCAAUGAAGCCCUCGCACAGUAUAAAAUCAAUAUCACUUCAAUUGCACCUCUUUUGGAAAAAUUAGCGAAAACUAGUGAUGUUUACUGGGUCUUACAAGAUCCUGUUUAUGAAGAUAUGCUGAGCGAAAGUCGGAAAAUGAUCACUAAUGAGAAAAUAGAUGCUUAUAAUGAAGCAGCUGUUCAUAUUCUGAACAGCAGCUCCAGAAAUUCCAAAGCUAAAGUUAAAGUGUUCAGUGUAUCAAAAUUGAUAGCACAAGAAACUAUCAUGAAGUCUACAGAUGGUCUGCAUCUCCCUGAAUCAAGCAGAGAUACAAAUGCGAUGAUUCUUAUGAAUGUCUACUGCAAUAAGAUAAUGAAGCCCAUUGAUGGCUCCUGCUGCCAGCCUCAGCCUCCUCUCACUCUGAUACAGAAGUUAGCUUUCUGUUUCUUUACUUUGUCCAUUAUUGGAUAUUUAAUUAUCAGUUUAAUUCAUCGGAAUAAUUAUCGGAAGAGCAAAUCAUGCACUGAUUUGGAAAGUGGAGAGGAGAAGAAACCUGCCGUCAGCACUCCUAAUGUUUCUACUUUAGAGAUGCUCUUACACUCCUUCUGCAAACUUGGUCUAAUCAUGACCUAUUUUUAUCUAUGUGACAGAGCAAAUCUUUUCAUGAAGGAAAAUAAAUUUUAUACUCAUUCAUCUUUCUUCAUACCAAUCGUCUAUAUCUUGGUUUUGGGGGUAUUUUAUACUGAAAAUACUAAAGAGACUAAAGUGUUAAAUAGAGAGCAGACUGAUGAAUGGAAGGGCUGGAUGCAACUUGUUAUUUUGAUUUAUCAUAUCUCUGGAGCAAGCACUUUUUUGCCUGUGUACAUGCACAUUCGAGUUUUGGUUGCUGCAUAUCUGUUCCAAACAGGUUAUGGACACUUCUCAUAUUUUUGGAUAAAAGGGGACUUUGGUGUAUACAGAGUUUGUCAGGUUUUAUUUCGUCUCAAUUUCUUGGUUGUGGUAUUGUGCAUAGUGAUGGACCGACCUUAUCAGUUCUACUACUUUGUGCCAUUAGUCACUGUCUGGUUUAUGAUCAUUUAUGCCACCUUAGCUAUAUGGCCUCAGAUAGUCCAGAAAAAAGCAAAUGGAAACUGCUUGUGGCACUUUGGUUUACUGCUGAAACUGAUUUGCUUACUGACAUGUAUAUAUUUUCUGUCAUAUUCUCAGGGUGCAUUUGAGAAGAUAUUUUCCUUUUGGCCACUGUCCAAGUGUUUUGAACUGAAUGGGAAUGUCUAUGAAUGGUGGUUUAGGUGGAAGUUGGAUCGAUAUGUGGUUUUUCAUGGGAUGCUGUUCGCUUUUAUUUAUCUGGCAUUACAGAAACGUCAGAUGAUAUCAGAAGGAAAAGGAGAUCCUCUUUUCUCCAACAGAGUUUCAAAUGUUUUAUUAUUUAUUUCAGUUGUAUCCUUUUUGGCCUACUCUAUUUGGGCUAGUAGCUGUAAAAACAAGACAGAGUGCAACGAGCUACAUCCUUCUGUUUCUGUGGUGCAGAUUUUAGCUUUCAUCCUCAUCAGGAACAUUCCUGGCUACAUCCGAUCUGUGUAUAGCUCAUUCUUUGCCUGGUUUGGCAAAAUUUCUCUAGAGCUUUUCAUUUGUCAAUACCAUAUUUGGCUGGCAGCAGACACAAAGGGGAUCUUGGUGCUCAUUCCUGGAUAUCCGAUGUUUAAUGUUCUUGUCAGCACUUUCAUCUUUGUGUGUGUGGCACAUGAAAUUUCUCAGAUCACCAAUGAUCUGGCACAGAUUGUGGUUCCUAAAGACAACUCAACUCUGCUGAAGAGGUUGCUGUGUGUAGCUGGAUUUUUCUCUGGACUACACCUCUUCUCAGCAAUGCAAGAUCAGUCAAGACAUUGACUUGAACAGAUUCUUGGAAACUUUCUUCAGGUUUAUUUUGUGUCUGCCUGAACAAAAAUUCUCAACUGGAGAUACAAGAAGACAUUUAAGUGUGUGGAAAACAAAUGUAUAUAGUGCGAAUGUACAUAUUUUGUGUGGAAACAGCCUUCUCAAACGAUCUGAGAGCCAAGAAUGCACUGUACAGAAUUGCAUGUGAAAAUGAGUCUUUUCUACUGAAUAUAUGUUCCUGUUUACAUACAUGUUUAAACAUGACAUGAAGAAGUGAAGUUAAAUGGUUGAGCAAUACCAUGGGCAUAUCAUGGAAUUACCUUUAACAUGGGUCAGCUGAACAAAGAGUGGAUGUUAGUGGAGAACUGCCCUCACGUGACACAUGCCGAAAUCAUUCUCAUCAAGGAAUAAAGAAGAGCAAACGUGUGAUGCUUCGGUAACAGUCACCUUUAGCUGAUGUGAAACACGAAGUUACUGGUAAACCAGGGCAUUUUUCUGAACGAAAUGGUAAUGUAGAAAUGAGUAUCUUGAGUGGAGAUAGUGUAUAUUAUGUGAAACCCUUUAUACGCAGGAAUAAAAAGUCAUCACCAAUUCAGCAAUUUAAGAUUAUACAGG